UUUUUUUUUUUUAAACCAGGAAAAGUUAUGCGGAACUUGUAGUUCUCAGUUGGCCUGUGUUUUUUGUGGCUUCCUUUAGUGCUGAAGAGUCAGCCCACUCGGAGUCAAACGAAGGCGGAUGUUAAGUGUUCUGACAAUUGCACUAAGCAUGAACACACCUGCCGCGUCUUCUAGUUCGUCACGAAUCCUCCUUUAGUAACUUGUCUCGUCUCUGCGAUAGAUAUGAAGUUUUCCGGCCACAUUCAGCUCCGAAUCGGAGAAGCGGUGGACCUGAAACCGACCAACGUUUCCCGCCGCAACUCCAAGAUAUUUAUGAAGAGCGCCCCGAUGAGUAUGGACCCUUACAUUGUCCUCAAAGUGGACGACCUCAAAGUGGGACAAACCCACACCAAAACGAAAACCAACGCGCCCACCUACAACGAGGACUUCUCCAUCUCCGUGCGGGACGCACAACACAUUGAACUGGCCGUCUUUAAUGACACCCCCAUCGGCUACGACGACUUUGUGGCCAACUGCACCUUGCAAAUUGUGGACUUCAUGAAAAUCGCCAACACGGGCGAGGUCUACGAGGCGUGGGUGGACUUGGAGCCUGAAGGCAGCAUUUACGUCUUUAUUAAGCUCAAUGGAUCCUUCGUUGAUGACGAGGCCAUUCCACAACCCAAAAACCACAAGGAGUUUAACAGGAAGCGUCAUGGGGCCGUGAGACGGAAAGUCCAUCAGGUGAACGGACACAAAUUUAUGUCCACUUUUCUUCGGCAGCCCACUUUCUGCUUUCACUGCAAAGACUUCAUCUGGGGUGUUUUUGGAAAGCAGGGCUACCAGUGCCAAGUUUGUACUUGUGUGGUUCACAAGCGCUGCCACCAACAAGUCGUCACUGUGUGUCCACGCAUGAAAAGGUCACAGUCUGUAAGCCAGGGCUUCAGCAUCAACGUCCCCCACCAGUUCAUUGUCCACAACUACAAGUCACCCACUUUCUGUAACCACUGUGGAUCACUGCUGUGGGGAUUUGUCCGGCAGGGCCUGCACUGCAAAAUUUGUAAACUUAAUGUUCACAUCCGGUGCGAAGGAAAUGUGGCGCAAAACUGUGGCGUCAACACUGUUGAGCUGGGUAAAAAGCUGGCCGAGAUGGGAAUCCAACCUCCAGAAUUAUCUGCUAAAACCCCCCCAAAUAUCAGUACAACUGUGACCAAGAAGCCCCCUGAAAGGAGGAAGACUGUGAAAAUGCCGCCGGAGAUCCCUCAAUUUGGCAUCUCUGACUUUACGUUUCUUCAAGUGCUCGGCAAAGGGAGCUUCGGCAAGGUCAUGCUUGCUAGACUCAACACCAGAGAUAAGGUUUUUGCCGUCAAGGUGCUGAAAAAGGACAUCAUCUUACAGGAUGAUGAUGUGGAGUGUACCAUGACUGAAAAGAGGGUUUUGUCACUGGCACACUUCCACCCGUACCUCACACAGCUGUACUGCUGCUUCCAAACUAUGGACCGUCUCUUCUUCGUGAUGGAGUUUGUAAAUGGUGGCGAUUUGAUGUUCCAUAUUCAAAAGUCCAGAAGAUUCGAUGAACCUCGGGCGUGUUUUUACACAGCGGAGAUCACCUCCGCUCUGAUGUUCCUGCACGGCAAAGGCAUCAUCUAUCGGGAUUUAAAGCUGGACAACGUUCUUCUUGACAAGGACGGCCACUGUAAACUGGCGGACUUUGGCAUGUGCAAGGAGGGCAUAUUUGAAGGCACUGCCGGUGCGAGAACUUUCUGCGGCACCCCUGAUUACAUUGCCCCGGAGAUCCUUCAGGAGAUGGUGUACGGGGCCUCUGUGGAUUGGUGGGCACUCGGCGUGCUACUGUACGAGAUGCUGCAGGGCCACGCGCCCUUCGAGGCUGAAAACGAAGACGACCUCUUCGAGGCCAUCCUCAAUGAAGAAAUUUCUUACGCCCCUUGGCUCAGUGUUGAGUCUGUCAAUAUCCUCAAAGCCUUCCUGACCAAAAAUCCGAACCGACGCCUUGGUUGCGUGGCAUCGGAGGGCGGAGAAAUGGCCGUGACCAACCAUGCCUUUUUCAAAAACAUUAAAUGGGAUAUGCUGAAUCGGAGAGCCAUCGAGCCACCUUUCAAGCCAAAGAUUAAAAUGCCAGAGGACGUAAACAACUUUGAUUCGGACUUUACGAGAGAGGAACCUACCCUCACGCCCAUCGACGAACCCCACAUCUCUGCCAUCAAUCAAGAUGAGUUUGAAGACUUUUCAUACACGUCACCCCAGAUGCUGGAGAACUAAAAGGUCACCCGAUCUUUGAGACGACUCUCGGUCGUACGGCGUGACUCCGUUACAUUCCCCGCAGACAUGAGAACGGGGUCAGUCAAAUGGCAUUUUUGUUUGGACUACAAUACAAGCGUGAUGGACUUGUACAUAUACUGUAUUUUUUAAUUUUAUUUUAUAUGUAUGCAUUUUCAUCUCUGUUGAUAGAGCUCGUUUUUCGAUUAACAUACUAAACUCAUUUGCUGUCUUUGACGGUGAUAGACGUCGUCGUCGACGAGGGUUCGCGGCGAACAUGUUUCAAUGACGGUGACGGAAGUAAACAUCCAAUUCAUUUAAACUGGGUGAAAUGGAUUACACCUGAAGUAUGAAACGGUUGAUCUGCCUGGGGUCUCAAACUCAUUUUGGUUUGCCGGCCACACUCAUGGCAAUUAUAUCUCACGCUGGCCAGACCAGUUUAUUUUUCGGCAAAUAAGUUAACAUUAACACUUUAUGACGGUCUUAUGAUGCCACUGUCAAAUAAAGUGCAAUCAAGUUAAUUUACUGGCGUCAACGGUGCUGAAAUAGGAGCAUUCACAGCCAGUCCUCCUAGUUUUAAGUUAAUUGGGCAUCUAUCGUUGUUACUGAAAGCCAAAGAAUUCAUUUUGGGUCGCUUCCGUGUCAUUUUGGGGUACAGUAACAGUUAGUGAACCCUAGAUGCACCAAAAUUACCAGGUGCCUGUAAAUGCACCAAAACCAACAGUAAGUGAACCCUAAAUGCACCCAAAUUAACAGGUGCCUGUAAAUGCCCCAAAAUCAACAGGAAGUAACCCAAAAUAAACAGUAAUGAAUAAAUACCCCAAAAUCAACAGAAAAUGUUCCAAAAUUUACAGGGAGUGACUCAUAAAAGUACCCUAACAUAAAAAGGAAGUGACACAAAGUUAACUCAUUGCCUACCAUUGACAAUGAGAAAUGUCCAAUUCAUUUAGACUGGGAGGAAUGGCUGUUAAGAGUUAAUUUAUUUGGCCAAAAAAUGAGAUCUAAUUGCAAUGAAUGUUGCCAGCUUGAGUUUGGCACCCCUGGAUUAGACGUCUGUUGCCGUCAUUUGCACGAAUUAAUAAACAUGGUUCAGAAAAUCCAUUCUUCAAGGGCUGGUAGCAUUUCCCAGAGAGCUGAAAGUGUGGAAUUUCUUUCCCAUGACACACCACUCUGGAAAAUGCCACUCCCGCUAGGUAAAUAAAAUUAAAAUCUUAUAUUAUCUUUUGAGCACUGUACUCAAUAAAAAUAUGAAACCACAUGUUGUUGAAGGGAGAUUAAGACCGUCACAGUCCCCCCCACCCCCCCUUUCAAACUGAUUCAAAUUCUAUUGUGCGUAUUGAGGAUGAUGCAAGAUUUCAAUUGGGGUAAAAGCACUGGUGAUUCACGGUGACUGACAUUGGAACUUUUUAAAAUUACAACACUUAGCGGUAGUUGUCUGCUCACCAAGGAUUCAUACCAGUUGUAUUUUGCAACUACAGAAUUACUAGGGGUGGGAACCUCUUGGUACCUCACGAUACGAUACAAUUUGCGAUAACAAUUAUUGAUACAUGGGUCAGGAAAUCUACGAUAUACUACGAUACAACUAAUAAACAGAAAACUGUUUUUUUUAUCAUUUCUUUGUUGUGAAUUGAAAUGAGUUUAUCGCUAGUAGACGUCCAAUCCUUUUGAAGUGGGACGCAUGGCAACUAAUGUUCCUUCGGUUAGGUGCAGCUUUGUUAUCGUCAACGAUGAUGAUAACGGAAAUAUUUCGUCAACAAUUUUUUCAUGACAAUGACGUCACGAUGACGAGCUAAAAACUAGUGUUGAAAUGAUACCAUUUUUUGGCCCCAAUACCUGGCUUUGCAGUAUCGGCCGAUACCAUAAAGACACCACUUCGUUUGAAAUUUAUAUAUUAUUUCGUCAACAAACAAUUUUUUCAUGACGAUGACAUCACGAUGACGACCUAAAAACUAGUGUUGCACCGAUACCAUUUUUUUGGCCCUUAUACCGAUAUCUGGUUGUGCAGUGUCGGCCGAUACCAUACAGAUACCACUUCGUUUGAAAUUUAAAUAAUAUUUCGUCAACAAUUUUUUCAUGACAAUGACAUCAUGUUGACGACCUAAAAACUAGUGUUGCACAGAUACCAUUUUUUUGGCCCAAGUACCGAUAACUGGCUGUGCAGUAUCAGCCAAUGACAUACCAAUACCACUUUGUUUGAAAUUUAAAUAAUAUUCCGUCAACAAGCAAUUUUUUCAUGGCAAUGACAUCACGAAUAUGACCUAAAAACUAGUGUUGCACCGAUACAAUUUUUUGGCCCCGAUACCUGGCUGUGCAGUAUCGGCUGAUACCAUACCGAUACCACUUCAUUUGAAAUUUCUACACAUAUGCAUAUAUACAUACAAAGUGAAUUCAGUAGUUAUUUUUAUUGCAUAGCUGGUAUGGGUGACAAUAGUUAAAUAAACCUUUGGCUCUCAAAGGCCAAAAUAGUGCUAAAUUCGUGAAAUUAAAGCCUGUAUAAUACCAGCCCAACAGUGAGAAAGUAAAAAUACAAUGAAUGAACUGAAAAAAACUUUUUUUAAACCUAGAGUUUUGGCUCUCAAAGGCCAAACAGUGAAUGAACAACUUUCAUGAAAUUAUAAAUAAUAAUUGGCCACAGCAUGCUUGUCUCUCUAUUAGCUUUUCUCUCUGUGCACCAGCAGCAACAUACACUUAGCCACUUAGGUUAGCUUACUUCUACAGCACUUUUGAAUAGGCUUGCCACCCAUCCUUUGAAAUAAGGAAUUGUUCCGUAUUGAACCAAUACAGAAUAUACAUAAAGAGAUACAUUUCUUUGCAUUUUAGGAGUUUGGGGAUGCCCUUUUUUUUCGUUGCCUGCCUGUACGGCUUUGAGCGGGAGGGAAGCGUCCCUUAUUUCUUUUUUUAACCUGUCCAGCUUUUUUGACACGAAGAAUGGAAGUCUACUUUCACAUUGAGAGUAUGACAUACCCCCAAUGUGAUCAUUCAACAUACCUCGUUUAUUAUAUCAAAGCAGCGAACAGGAAGGGUUUAUGGGGGGUACAGAAAAAAAGAAACAAGAAAAGAAAAAAACAAGAAAUACAUUGAACGCCUACACUAACUAUAAAUAUGUUGGUGCUAUCGUCAGCGUGAUGUAUUUCUGGUUGACACCAUGUGGGGGGCCUGUUGACCAGGGAAAGAAGGGAAGGAGGGUAUAAGCUAAGUGAUUGAAAGGGGUCGAGUGUACACAAAUCAGCUCUGUAAUUUUAAAACCAGUAAUCGUGAUCCCUUGUGUUGGAAUUCGCCCCCCCGGCCAAGCCACACGCAGGAGUGUGCCAACCGGGAGGGCGGAAAUUCCGUGUGUUCACCUCUUAUAUUAACCCUUUGUACUGACUCCAUGUUCUAAAAGUUUGAAUAAGACUCACCGAAAGCAGGUUGACAAUUUAUUCGUCGACAAUGGUCAAAAAACAAGGCAAAAACAGACGACGGAAGAACAAUGUUAAAUCCAAAACAAGUCUACAUAGAAAAGUCUACGAGCAGCAAAAUCUGUGUUAUCUCAGUGUCCAGUGUUUUUUAAUUCCGUGGUGGAGUAGGCCGGGCCGAAGGUGUGGCUGAGUGUUGUUUCGGGACCAUCCCUCUGUGGCCAGUUUUGGGCGGUUAGGUUGUCCGUGGAUGGGACAUGGUUGCCACAGCGACUGACGCUGGUCUUGACGUCCCAAGCGCCAGCUAUCAACUUUGUUAUCCAGGCUUGCUCUACUUGUUUUAGGACAAAGCGCGCUACUCUUUGUUCUUGUUGUGUCCAGGAGAACUUACUGCGAUAGUUGGUGCGUCAAUCUUGCUCGUGUCGCACACCUUGGGCUUCUGUGAUAAGAUGGUGUUGUGUAUCUAUUCUGAUUCUUUUCAUUAAACUAUGGAGUGCUACUUAUUUUUUAUUAGGUGUGUUAGAGUAGUACAGUCCUACAGUAAAUAUGAGAAAUUAUACUAUUCCCUGAUUAAUUAUAUUACGUGUGUUAGAGUAAUGCAAACAGUUAGACGUUGCUUACGAGAAAUGGUACCAUUUUUCUUUUCCCCUUCAUGAGCCCCGAUAAGGUGAUUCACUUUACUGUGUUCAAGGGCAUGGAGUGAAGUCUGCCUAAACUAUAGUUAGAUGAAUGGGCUAGACUAAUGCAAACAAUUAUAUGGUGUGUGCGAAAACGGUACCUAUUCCCUUCACUUGUGAGUGUAAGCCCAUCCGCAACCGACCCUACGCCGCCCCAUCGCCAAUCCUGGCACCGGGGCCCCCCCACCCGAGCGCGCUCAAUCACAUCCAGCCGCGCGUGAGCCCCACUAAACACGCGACAGCCACACAGACGACCGGAGACGCUGCGUCCCUUAUUAUUAUUUCUGAAAGGUGGCAACCCUAUUUUGGAAACGGGUCUCAAAUUACUGCGGCAUUUCUUUCAGUAAAAGACAAUAAAAGUGAAGUAGACUUAGUGAACUGACCAGAGAUUGUUGCUCCAGUCCAGCCCCCUUCCUCUGGAUAGCAGUCCUGUUGUUACAGCCUCAAACUCUUUGUGUUCAUUCACAUUUUGUCUUUAAAUGUUUUAUCAGCUUCGAGGUAUUGAAACUGGCCGAUUUAACUCCACUUCUCCAAACUUUAAGGCCGCAAAUCUUGCAUGCAGUUAUUGUACUCUACCGAUGACAUUUUACUCUGGCAGUUUGUUUUUCCUACAUUUGAAAAAGCUGACCCGGCAUUGGUUAAGAGCAGCUAUUGGCCCGCUCUCAUUGGUCUGGAGCAGGCCAAUAGCGAUAGCUGCUUGGCAUGCAAAGUGAUCACGUGUCAUCACACAACACAGAGAUCUUUUCUAAAAUGUGUCUUCGGAGACUAAAACAUAACAAGAUGGAUGCCAGUUGUCAUCUGACGAGACGACAAAAUUCACCAGUUUCCGUCAUAAGUUCACAAUGAGUAAUAUUUUCUUACUGUAUGUGUAGUUAGCACGCAUUUUAGCAGUGUUUGGUCAUGUCACUCAUGUGACGUGCAGCGCAUCCCCCCGACCCACACAAGGCGUGUGCCUAUUCCAGGCUCCUUUUGUGAAACACGUGUCAGGUGCUGCUUGAUAAAUUUUACUUUCUCAUCUUGGCUAUGGCAUGUUGCUUUAGCCUUUAAAGGUCUGUGUUGAGUGACCAUCACACACUAAACUAACUUGUAACAAUAGACUUCAUAACCUAUUGACAUGACAUGGGAAACGGGGCCGAUCUGUAGAGGGCCUAUUUUCAAAAACUUCAAAUUCAAAUAUUUUCAAAACCAAAGUUGCUACCGACCUAAAACCAAAACAGGCACCUACUUUAGCCAUAUAUGAGUCUCCAUGAACAGUGGCAUCAAAAAAAAAAAUUUCAAAGUUGUUCCAUUAUAAAAUACCAAUUAAUUAUUUUCUAUAUAACACAAAACGGCUAUAAAAGUCUCAGAUUUUACACUAGAUGCACAAAAAUCACUAAAUGCAGAGAUAAUCACCUAUAUUUUCAGUAUCAAUAGCUAUAUUUAACAGAUAGGUUUUUGCCCAAAAUACCAACUUAUUUUUGUUUUAUUUGCUGCAUAUUUUCAACAGCUAAUAAAUUACUCAAUUUUCACAGAAACUUAAUACUUGAAGAAAGCAUGCAGAAUCAGUUAAAUAUAUAAAUAGAUUACUAAUAAAUUCUAUAUACAAUCACAACUUUUUAUAGAAUAGAAUAGCCCUUUUUUUAUUUUGCAUUUAUGUUACGUAAAUAUGGCGAAUGUGCGGCUCCUCUUUAAGUUCACUGUGGCGCCACCUUACUACAACAAAGCACUUUUUACAUUGAAAUUCUUGUGAAUAAAUGCUUAAAUCUCUGAAUUAUUCAUAGAUAUGGACGUAAAACAGUCUCGAUUCUUGGUUAAAAGCAAAAGAAACCGUGCAGGUAGUAUUUAUAAAAUAAUAUAUAUGUAUUAUUAUGUGCUCAUCUGUCUGUGUUCAUUCAAAAUUGUUAGAAACCUUUAUUUAUUUUCUGACUAAAACUGUUGAAUUUUACAGACAAAAACAUAUAAGUAAUAGGUUAACAAUGAGUAAUUGUCAACUAAAACUAGACAAAAUUUCUAUGAGAUUUCGUUGAGUAAAACUAGACGAAGACAAAAACAUUUUAGAAAUGACUAAAAUAUGACUAAUAAGUAUUUUCGUACAAAAGACUAAUACAAAAAUUAAAAGGGCUGCCAAAAACAACACUGAUGUGUUAUGAUCACUUAGCACAGACCUUUAAAGGCUAAAGCAACAUUUCAUUUUCUCUCUUACCAAGAUAAGAACACAAAUUUACCAUGUGUUUCAAAACAAGCAAGCUUGGAAAAGAGACUGCACAGGUGAUCUGGGCAUGGGAGGGCGCAGCACGUCACGACUGACACAACCAGACACUGCGACGAUGUAGGCUAAUUACACAUAAAAAUGUCACAUAUUGUAAACAUGUGGAAGAAACUAUGGCGCAUUUUCAUCUCAUUUUCAUGUCGUCAUACGAAAACUGGCAUUUGUCUCGUUAUGUUUUAGUUUCCCAAGACACGUUUUUAGCUUGUUAUUGUCUUGUGAAUGUCAUGAAAAAAAUUGUUCAUUGACGAAAUAUUUCGGUUAUCGUCAUCAUUGACGAAAACAACACUGAUGUACAGUAUUUUGUGUUGUAUUACAGUUGCAGCUCCUAACACUUUCUUGGUUUUCAUCCUGAAGCAGAAAAAAAAAAAAAAAAAAAAAAAAAGAUCUGGCACCCAGUCAAAGUCGUGGAGCACACUGUAGGCUCUUAUUCCAAACCUGUAAAUCAGACAAUUCUGAAGCAAUACUUCUGUCAGAACGAGGUUAAACAUUUCUGCGCAUUCCGAGCCAAAAGCAAAACGCUAAACAUCUGCUGAGUUUAGUGGGAACGGCUGAAAAAUAAACAGGAAACCGUACUGCGUCAUUGUCGUCCCGAUUGAAGAAUACAAGUAGACGAGAGAGGUGAAUGAUCUUUUUGUGUGGCGCUUGAAAGCAGAAGCUGUCAAUACAAAAACAAUCUUUUAAACAAGAAAGAAAGGAGGUCUUUCUUGUUCAGUGGUGGACAAAACAACCUGGAUUGCCUGCCCUUUAAAAGCAUAACUGUACUUCCUGUUUGGUUGAAGGAAGAAGCCUGCAUCUGUUUAUCUCUUUGGCCCCCUACUAUGUGGUCAUUGUGUGGCUUUGUCCAAAUAUUUUACCAGCUUUUUGCCAGUGGAGUGAAAUUGUGAACACAUGAGCACAUUUAAUAGAAUAGAAAGCAUGCUAUGUAUGCUAAAUAUCUGAACCUUUUGGAAUGUCUGACAUUUCUGCAUAAAAUCACCAUCAAAUGUGAUCUGAUCUUUGUCAAAAUCACACAGAUGUAAAAACAGUGUCUGCUUUAACUAAAACCACCCAAACAUUUAUAGGUUUUUAUAUUUUAAUGAGGAUAGUGUGCAAACAAUGGCGGGGGGUAAGUAAGUGAAACCUCUGCCCAAGGAGACUUAAAGAGCAAUUGAAACCAAUUUUUAUCAAACAUUUUAAGUCCGGUGUGUGCCCAAUCACUGAUGAGUGGUUUAAAGCUUCCCUGCCCACUAUAAAACACACACCUGGUAAGAAUUGUCUUGAUGAGAAGCAUUGUCUGAUGUGCAUGAUGGCUCAAUCAAAAGAGCUGUCUGGAGACCUGCGAUCAAGGAUUGUUGAUUUGUAUAAAGCUGGGAAAGGAUUCAAAACCAUCUCUAAAAGUCUGGAUGUUCAUCAGUCGACAGUCAGACAACUUGUCUACAAAUGGAGAGAGUUUGGCACUGUCGCUUCUCUCCCAAAAAGUGGCCAUCCACCAAAUAUGACGCCAAGAGUUCAGCGCAAAAAAAAAAAAAAUCAGAGUGUCUGCUAAAGACUUACAGAAAUCACAGGAACAGUCCAAUAUCUCUGUGCACACAUCAACUAUAUGUAAAACUAUGGCCAAGAAUGGUGUUCAUGGGAGAACUCCAUGGAGGACAGCCACUGCUGUCUAAAAAAAAAAAAACAUUGUUGCCUGUUUAAUGUUUGCAAAAAGGCCCUCAGACACUCCACACAAGUUUUGGCAAAAUAUUUUGUGGACUACCGAAACCAAAGUUGAAUUGUUUGGGAGUAACACACAAUGUCAUGUGUGGAGGAAAAAUGGAACAGCUCACCAACAUCAACACCUCAUCGCCACCGUGAAGCAUGGUGGAGAGAGCAUCAGGAUUUGGGGCUGUUUUGCUGCCUCAGGGCCUGGACAACUUGCAAUCAUUAAUAGAAGAAUGAAUUCAAAAGUACAUCAGGAUGUUUUGCAGGAAGACCUGAGGCCGUCUGUCAGACAGGUGAAGCUAUUAAUAGGAUGGAUGCUGCAUCAUGACAAGGAUCCAAAAGACAUAAGUAAAUCAACUUCAGAAUGGUUUCAGAAGAACAAAAUACACAUUCUGGAGUGGCCAAGUCAAAGUCCAGACUUGAACCCCAUUGAGAUGCUGUGGCAUGACCUAAAGACAGCGAUUCACACCAGGCAUCCCAGGAAACUGACUGAACUACAGCAGUUUUGUAGAGAAGAAUGGGUCAAGAUUAGUCUUGAUCGAUGUGCCAGAUUGAUCUGCAGCUACAGGAAGCGUCUGGUUAAAGUGAUUGCUGCCAAAGGGGGCGCCACAAAAUAUUAAAUGUAAUGGUUCACUGACUUAUUUUUUCCCCCUUUCGUCAUUGUUUGCAUACUGUCCUAAUUAAAAUAUGAAAACCUAUAAAUGUUUGGGUGGUUUUACUUAAAGCAGAUACUUUUUUCAUCUGUGUGAUUUUGACAAAGAUCAGAUCACAUUUGAUGGCGAUUUUAUGCAGAAAUGUGAAAAAUUCCAAAAGGUUCAGAUACUUUUUCAUACCAUUGUUUACGCAGGGGUCGACAAAGACCACUCAAGAAAGCGAAAUCCAAUAUGAAAGAGAAAGUUUCAGCCCCAGUCGCGACACCACUAGAAUUGGCUCAGCUAUGAUUUCACAAAAAACGAGGUUUACUGUGAGGUGUGCAAAUCAAUUCCCACAUAUACAGACAAGCAGUGUUGUCAGUAACGCGUUACUGCAAUCUAAUUACUUUCUUUCAGUAACGAGCAAUCUAACACGUUUAUUUUUCCAAACCAGUUUUAUUUGGGGUUUAAUGGCCAAAAUGAGACACGUUGAGGAAGCGUGACGAGCAUGAACCCGUCUGGCUGUUGGCGCGACCCAUUAUGGUUGUUUUCGAGCAUGUUUGGAUUAAAGUACAGCGAUGAACCUACCGGCGUGCUGGGCACACGAGAUACCCUAUAGGCUGGCAAAAUCACACGGACACACGAGGUGAAAUCUCCUUGGCCGGCGAAACAUAAGUUUUGGUCUUUUUUAAACCAAAAUGUGACACUCUUGUCAUUUAUUACUGCAAUGCACAGAUACAGUAAACUGUGAAUAUACAUGUGAUUUUUGGGUCAUUUCUGAUUGAUUUUGGUGCAUUUGGGUAAUUUGGGGGAUUAGUUACUGUUGAUUUUGGGGUAUUUCUGGUUCACUUGCUGUUUAUUUUGCAUUACCUUCUGUUGAUUUUGAAUCACUUCCUAUUGAUUUUGGGGUAUAUACGGGUCCCUGUUAAUCUUGGUGCCUUCAGGGGUCAUUUACUGUUGAUUUUAGGGUAUUUGUGGGUCACUUUGUUUAUUUUGUGUUGCGUCCUGUUGAUUUUGGGGCACUUGCUGUUAAUUAUGGGGCAUAUACGGGCCCCUGUAUUUUUGUGCAUUUGGGGUCAUUUACUGUUGAUUUAUGGGCAUUUACAGCUCACUUCCAUUAAUUUUGUUGCAUUUAGGGUUAGGGUCAUUUACUGUUUGGGGGACAUUUCUGGGUCAAUUACUUUUUAUUUUGGGUUACUUACUGUUUAUUUUGGUGCAUUUGUGGGUUCCUUGUAAAUAUUUUUGUGAAUUUUGGGGUCACUUUGUGUUUCGUAGGCAUUUCUGCAUCUAUUAUUGUUUAAAUGGGGUUACUCCCUGUUGAUUUUGGUUAAUUUGUGGGUCACUUCUGAUUAAUUGUGGUGGAUUUCGGGGUCACUUAUUGUUGAUUGUGGGGCAUUUCUUGGUCAGUUAAUGUUUUUUUCUUCGAGCAAAGUCCAUGUUAAAUCAUUUUGUGCCAUUGACGGUGCUCGACGUCCAAAUCCAUCAUCAAAUGUAACUGGGGACACGAAAGCGAGCCAAGUGCAGUAGUGCACACACUCGAUCACACAAAUCAACUGUUUUACGGCGGCGAUGUCAAAAUAAAAGCAUGUUAUUUUCUAUGUACUGUAUGAAUGAGCCUGCUUUAGAGGCAGAACAACCCAGUGGGGCGGAUUGGACAAACAACAUUUGACACCGCUGCUCUACAGCAUACUGAUAUUCAGGACAUUGUGUUGCAUCCAUGAUGGUAAACUGAAAGAAUGAAACAAGAUUAAAUGACCUUAAGUUUUGUUUUGCCAUUCAUUCAGUCCACUUUGGCAGUUUUCCUUAGGUAAUGUAGAAAUGGGAGUUGUAAUUUCAUUACCGAGACUAACUAAUGGCUGCCAGCAGUGUCUGUCUGUGCUGCCUGAUUGAAUCAGGACGGUCCCACAUGCAUUACCCCAAAAAAGCAGACAGCGGAGGGAAAACACUUUGCAAUCAUCAUUUUGCUGUUUUUGUAGUUCUUGCAUCAAUAGUAAACUCGUGGGAGAAAAGGUCACAUUCAGCAAAUUCUAAAAAUGAUUUAAUGGGAAUGAGAUGGCAGCUGAAGCUCUAUCGAACCAUGAAAUUGGCAGAGGAGUCCAUUUUUGGGGAGAGUAGCAAUAACGAGGUUUACAAGAAAGCUUAGUUCCAAUAUAUAGUUGCAACCAAUAUAAAAUGAACUAAAUGCAUGAACUCAUUGGCUGUCGUUGACGGUAGUAGAUGUCCAAUUCAUUUGGACUUUAAGGGCUAGCAGCUAACCCGGCAGGCCAGAUUGAUUGUUCCAUAUAUCCUCAACAAAGUAUUUCACAUAUCAAUCGAGGAAAAGAUCCAAUCGAGACAUGUUUCAUGAGAGGAACCUUAAAAAAACACACACGGCUGCUGAUUGGACGAUGGCUCUUUUCGUCACACUUCUCGUCAAAUGAACAUUCCGCCGCAAGUAUUCAAGCAGAUAAUUGCUUCAAGGUUACGUCUGCAGCUUCCACCUCUUUCCCUUGAUUGGCUCGCCAUCAGAAGGUGACCAAUCCACUUGAAGCCACAGUAUGGCGUAUUGGUUCGCAAAAACAAAUUCCCGUCAAGAAAAGCUUUUCGUGACGUUCUUUGCUUUUCUUUUAAUGAGGAAAUGAAAUGUAUUUCUAACAAAACUUUAGAAAUUAACCAAUCUACAAGAAGCGCUUUGCUCUAGGGGUGUGACAAAAUAUCGAAAUGGUCAAAUAUCGUGAUGCUUUGUAUCACAAAAGGUUAUUGAUAUAACGUUUUCAAAAGGUGUGUCUGUUAAAAUUUAAAAAAUAAAUAAAUAAAAAGGACCAACAGGUUGCUACCAGAAUCUUCAACUAAACAGUGUCUGUGUUAACUUGAUGGCCACCAUACACCAUUGACGCUGUAGGUACACAAUCCGCUCGGGUUGCACAAACUACUCGGGGGCCUGUGCUUGACAGUGACGUUCCGUUAUUCUCACUAUAUGAUUGGCAGAAUAGUAAAAUGCCUGUGCUAGUUGUUCUUGAGAGUCCUAGUAAUGCGUUGGCUUAAAAGUGCCCGUUUAAAAAUGCAUAUGUAAAGCAAUUGAUGAUAUCACAGACACAGAUUAUUCUUAACAACUGAAUGUGAAAGUUUAAUAAAAGAGCAAACAUGUUCAAAUGAAUUGGAUGUCUACUCACGAUAAACUCAAUUCAAUUUACACCAAAAUAAUGAAAACUGCUUGUUUUUCUGUUUAUUAAUUGUAAACUAUCGUAGAAUGAUUUCCUGACUCACGUAUCAAUAAUUGUUAUAUUGCCAAAUUGUGAGAUCAUCGUUAUCGUGAGCCUUGUAUCGCGUAUUGUGUAUAUUCUGUAAAAUAAAUUGUUGGAAUGGAAAGAUAAGACACAAGAUGAAUACAUACAUUCAACAUACGGUAUAUAAGGACUGUAGUGGGCAUUUCACUCUGUCAUUUAAAUCUGUCAGUGCUGUCCUCACUCCGAAGCGUCUACUUUUUCCAAAGCUAGACAGCUAGUGAACGACGCCUUAAUAAUCAGACUUCUUCCUUUUUCAUCUGAUUUAUUAAUAAAAUGGCCUCAAACCAUUGUCCUCUUUAGACCGUCGUAAAACUACAAAAAAAUGUACACAAGCAUUGCAUUAGCAACAACGUUAGCUUAGACGCUAUACAGGUUCACUAAACCAGUACUUCUCAAAUGGUGGGGCGCGCCCCCCCAGGGGGGCGCAGAGCGAUGCCAGGGGGGGCGCGAGUGACCUCGGGGAACAUGCUUUUAUUUUUUUUAUUUUUUUUGCCGUACUAGAAUAAAGUGUACUUGCACAUCCACUCCGUGGGUGGCAGUGGCGCUCUCAUUUUCAAAGUGCGUGCAGUAUUUUUGAAGUAAGCAAGAGCACACGGAAGAGACUCAUGCAGAGCUGGACUCACGCAGCGACCCACUGUCUUCUUCGGUUCUCACGUGUCCGGCCGAGAAGUGCCGUUUUCGGCUUGGGAUCGUCACGACCACCGCCCUCACCUACGGUUCUACCUCGGCCGCCGAGAAUGCGCUUUUUUCGGGCCGUUUGCCUUUGACUUUUAAUAUAGUGGGAAAUGAGGAAAGACCACUGUUUACUGAGUCUAAAAAUGAUUAUAGCGGAGAAGCCAAAUCAGUUAAGACGCCACUUAAAGACAUUCGACCUCAAUCUCAUUGAUAAGCCGCUUGAUUGUUUUUCAGCGAAAAUGUGCCGAAUAUUGCCAAUUGUCACAAUCGUCCCGCUUUGUCAGUGUUAUAUCAGUAAACCAGUGAGCACUGUGGUGAAUCAGCGAAAAUAAAAACUUUCCUUCUGUCCAAAGACUUUUUUUCCCCCCUUCUAUUCAGUUUUGUUUUUCGGUCAAAUGUUUUGGCACGUUGUCCUGAAGAGUAAAUGUUUCUAAUCAAUUUGAAUUUGUUAUUAUUUACUGAUUUUAUUACAUUUUAUUUUUCAGUAUCAAAUGGUCAAAAAUGUACCUUGAAUGUAUUUUUACAGUUUGGA